AAUGACUUCAGCACUGACGAAGAUGAAGAAAUUUUUCAGCGACUUGGACGAGCCAACACACCAGAGGAUGACACGGAAGAUCCUGCAGUUCCCGAUGAUGAUCCUGACAUUGAUGUCGAGGAUGAUGAGGCUGCUGCUGCUAUUGAUCUCUUUGUAUCGCAGGGCACCCAGUUUGAUUUCUCGGAUGUCCUAGAAGGAGCGGAUAUUCACGCUGACCCUCCGUCAUGCAUGGACGACCAUCCGGCAGUCCGCCACGCAUACAUACAUGCAUUUAUAUCUGCAGCAUUCUAUAAUGCUACCCACGCAGCAGUGUAUCACGAUCUUGAAGGAAAGGAGCGCCUUCUGCGCACUGCUCAACAGGCCAACCCUGAUAUUGAGUAUCCAGGGCUCGAUAACUUUGCCCGCACACUCCCCACCCUCCUCAGACGACUUGGUCUAUCGACAGAUCAAUUUAUUGUUUAUUUUUUCGUUUGCAAUGUCUGUUGGAAGCUACACCAUCCAUCAGAGCUUCCUGAGCUACAUUCUCCUGAUUGCACUAAUCCUGAUUGUGACGGAUUGUUGUACACCUCGAAACGACUGGCUGACGGCACCCUCAAACGAACUCCAACAAAAAUCGUCCCAUAUGUACCUCCUGAACGGGCUCUACAGCGAUUUCUUCUACGACCAGGCAAAUGGGACCAAUUCCAGCACUGGCGCGGCCCUGAAGACCAGCCAGGUCAUGUCCCGCCUAUUCCUGGUCAUGGAUACAAUUCAUUUCCCGACCCGUCUAAGCCAAUGAGAGACAUUUAUGAUGGAUAUGGCUGGCGUAUGAUUCAG